ACACGCGCAGCUCGGGCUCCUGCGCUUUCAGACCUGAACAGCGAAGCGCCUCGGAGUUCCGCGCCGCGUCCUCUCGCUCGGCGUCUUCUUUGCUUUGGCGAUGCGUCAGUGAUGAGACUCCACGUCCUCCACUCUCAAAACCACCACCACCACCACCUCCACCUCCUCCACCUCCACGGGAAGACGAGCGCGGGAUUUGGUUCAACGUGGACCGGCGUGCAGCCAAAGUGAACCCAAUUCCCGAGGAUCGCCGCGCAAAGCACAGUUCGUUAUGGAUGGAAUUAUUCUGGCGCUAAUAUUGACAUCGGCUAUGAGAUGAGCGAUGAACUGAAGAUGGUCUCAACCCACGUUCGAUUCCAAUGGCGUACAGAGACUCCGUUUUCAACCUGACCUGAUACGACUAUACUAACUCGGAUAAACCAGGAACAAUCAACGUUCGACCAGUCUUCGCGUGAUCCUAAACCGACCCAAAAUGUCUUACUUCCUCUCGUUUGCUUUGCUGUUCGUCGUCCAGAUUCACGGUGCACCUCCUGAAUUCCUCCAAGAAGAAUUCGGCGUAGACCCCCUCGAACUUGACUCAGUCCAAGCGAGCAACAUGUCGGACGUUUCAACUUCUCCGCCGCCGGGCACAAGCAAAAAAGCUCCUCAGAGUAUCAUCAUCGGCGUUCGCAAAGGUGGAACCAGAGCGUUGCUGGAAAUGCUCGACAUCCAUCCAGAAGUCGCAGCCGCCGCCACCGAAGUCCAUUUUUUCGACUGGGACGAGAACUACGCGAAAGGAUUCGAGUGGUAUCGCGACCUGAUGCCUUACUCCUACCCCAACCAGAUUACGAUCGAGAAAACGCCAGGGUAUUUCACCUCCGCUCUUGCUCCGGAACGAAUCUGCGCCAUGAAUUCCUCCAUCAAACUCCUGCUGAUCUUGCGGGAUCCAACGGAAAGGGUGAUCUCCGACUACACCCAAGUCUACUUCAACCGCCUGGAGAACCACAAACCGGUGCAGGCGAUUGAGAACUUGCUCGUGCGAAAUGGCGUUUUGAAUAUGCGCUACAAAGCCAUUCAAAGAAGCCUCUACGACAUCCAUAUCCGAAAUUGGCUGAGGCAUUUCCCCCUCGAGCAGAUCCAUAUCGUAGACGGGGACGCGCUCAUUCGGGACCCUUUACCAGAGCUGCAGAAAGUGGAGAACUUCCUAAACCUGCCCCCCAGGAUAGUAUCGUCCAAUUUCUACUUCAACCAGACGAAAGGUUUUUACUGCAUUCGGAGCGACGGACGUGAGCGCUGUCUGCACGAGUCGAAGGGACGGCCACACCCGGCGGUCAAUAACUCCGUCCUCCAGCAGCUGAGGGCUUUCCUAAGGGAACAUAACAGGACCUUUUUCAGGCUGGUCAGGCGCACGUUCAACUGGCAAUAAGACACGAGACACUUGGGACUCUGUGGGGCCGAGGCGUGUCAUGGGUUGGUACAUGUAUAAAAAUGAUUGAAAUGGUCAGUUUGGAAGUAUCACUGUUUCUAUUUCUAUACAUUUGACAUAUUGUGAAUCAUGUUUUUAAAGAAAAUAUUUGUUUUUGAUUUGUUGAUGUUGUGAAACUUUUUUGUAGAACUGGACGACUUGGUUUGAAAAGAGGGAGUCAUGAUCUUUUCCUGAUUGACUGAUUCUUUAAAACAGCUAAUUAGGGCUUUAAAGCUACCAUCUGUACAAUUAUUUAUUUUUUUCACCAGUAGAUGGCAGAAGUGAAACCUGGUCCCUCUUCCCACACCCAGUUUUUGUUCAGGCUACGUUUACACAUCGCCGGGUAUGUUGAGAAACAAAUAUUUCCCUCCCUUCGUUUUCCAAAAUAACAUCGUGCACACAGCAUUGUUUUCAAAAAAGUUCAACCUGCAUAAAUACACCAUCAAGCGCCGUCAUAACUACACCAAGCCUCUGAGCGGUGCCUGGAUUAGAUUCAAACCUGUAGCAUUUUUUUUUCAUUAUAGUUGUAAGUUUUACUCAAAAAUACCUUGAAAAACGUGCAUUACUGAGCGGCUCACCUCUCCACAGAUCUGUUAAAGAAGUGGCAAAAAUGCUGACCUCCGAGCCUCAUUGGUCUCUGGUCAUGGAUAAGAUUCAUCAGCUGUGUGUGCAAAUUUGAGAAGAAGUGCGACUGCUGCUCUGAAUGCUUCAUCAUCAUCAUCAGACCAAAGAUAAACACUGGUCACACUACUGGCGCGUCAGCUCCUAAAAUGCCGUUUAUCUCUCUUUACACACAAACACCAAACCGUAGUUUUUCAGCAUCUCCACUAUGGCCAGAGUUUUUAGAAAGAUUCAUUUUCAGAGGCGAAUUCGCUGUUUGCGUGUAAAAGAUGGGCACAAAUGAAGGGAAAUGUCUCAGUUUUUAAAAAUACCUGUCUCUGGUUUUCUUCUGUCAGGCCAAAGCUGACGCGUUAUCAGGCUACAUUUAUAUGAUGAAAGUCUGAACAGAAGAUGCAAAAGUGGCGUUAAAAGUCUUCACUUUUCAUUCCGCGUUUAGACGAGCAUUUUCGGGAGGAAAUCUGCGUGCAUAUGGUGCCGCGAAAGGCUCGGUGGUGAUGUAUGUGACAUAAACGCGUACUCCACGUGAGCAGAUCUGACCAGAGUUUUGCGUCUUGGGCAGUGUAGACGGAAAUGCUGCGGCAGAGCGUAUUCAACUUUUCCACUGUGGAGGGUGGUUUCAGAUUUUUGCAUUUUUAAGCCCCAAAAACGCCGUCACCGUCUAAACGAAAGGCACUUCCAAUAAAAUAUUUAGUUGUUUUUACCCGCAAGCGUUCUUGUGUAAACAGGUCCUUAGACUGCAGUAAUGUAUCGAG